AUGAUCAGAGAAAUUCACAAGCAAAAGGAAUUGACGACCCAGUUCAGUUUGCAAGACGAUAAUAUGAGGACAAAUCCGUACUUUCAAAUUUCACUCAUAAAUCGACUGAGGCUGGAAAAGCUUAUAAACGACAUUGCAACAGGCCAAACUGAGACGGAAAAAUUUCCAGACAACGAAACGAUUGUCAAUUAUUAUACUGUCUAA